UUUUUUACAACCUUUUACCAACCUCAACAUAACCUCUAUGUUCCCUAUUGACAAAUUUUUUUUUAAAAAGUACAAAAAUGUCUUAAAAACACAUUUUUCCUUUUAAAAUUAAAGGAUUUCACUCAUCUCAGAUCAGUUUUUUUUAAGUCCUAGCAGUUUUAACUAUAAACGUAGUACCUGGAGCUGCAAAUAUCCAUGACAUGAUGAAAAUCCUUGAAGAGAUCCAGGCCCUAUCAGGAAAAAAUGUCUACAUUAAAAACAAAGAAGCCUUAAACAAAACCCUAAUGAAUUUAACUGAAGGGGGAUUAGAAAAACUGCAAGUUCUCUCUGAUUUCGAUAAAACCAUAACAAAACAUCAUCAUAAUGGGGUGCCACAUAAGAGUAGCUUUGCAAUAUUUAGUAGUAUCCCUUCAAGCAUGAACAAUAAAGAAUAUCAAACAAUUGUACAAGGAUUAAGGAAGAAGUACUACCCUAUUGAAUUGGAUCCCCAUUUAACUGUUGAAGAGAAAAUUAAACAUAUGGAAGAAUGGUGGAGCUUAUCAGAAAAAGCUAUAAAAGGACUUAAGGUCACCCAGGAAGAAAUUGAAGAAGCCUGUAAAGCUUCCGAACCAGUUUUAAGGGAUGGAUGCAAAGACUUUUUUAAAUCUUUAAACGAAAGCAAUGUUCCUGUACUUGUAUUUUCUGCAGGCUGUGGUGACAUCGUCCUCACCAUAUUAAAACAGUGCGGUGUUUAUCUACCCAAUGUCAAAGUAAUAUCGAACUUCUUAAAGUACAGCGAGGAUGGUACCAUUUUAGGCUUUCAAGAUAAACUGAUUCAUGUGUUUAAUAAGAACGAGUAUGCUUUGAAAAAUACUGACUUUUUUCAUGUGGUUUCGGAUAGGGACAACGCAAUAGUCAUGGGGGAUUCUUUGGGCGAUGCUAAUAUGGCCCAGGGAAUGGAACAUUGUCGGAAUGUACUUAAAAUUGGGCUCCUUUAUGAUCAUGUGGAAGACUCUCUCCCCCAGUACAUGGACACUUUCGACAUUGUACUGGUCGAUGAUCAGACUAUGAAUGUUCCUAAAGCAAUUUUGGAUUAUAUCCAAGAAAAGACUGGGUCUAAGCCCUAAAUAUUCAUGAGUUCCUUAUAUACACGCCAGUUUUUAAUUUAUUGUUUGCUUGGAAAUAUACACAUUAGAUCAAUAAAACAUUAUACCAGCAUGUA